CCCGGCAGUGUUUGGGCGACGCCUCGCUCGGGUUUGGAGGAGCAUUUGGAUCGGGUCAGGGGAAAGUAACCAUAGCAACGGGAGCGGGGGUGAAGGGUAGUUGCCUCUGUACCGGGUGUCGUUAGUUGGGGUAACUAUCAUCUAACAGGGCGGGAGGUGUUUAAUUGCCUUGUGUAACACAUCUAUAGAGCUAAUUACUAUAGCACAGGCGAGAAGGGAUGAUUAACCCUGGCCAGCGCAGAGGGAUAAUUAUUGAAAUAGUAUAACAACGGGGAUUCAAAGUGGCAGGGAUAAUUAUCAGAGCAAAGGGGUAAUUUUCCCAGUAACAGGAGUUAUUAGAGGAGAAGAGGGUUAGUUAUUACUACUAGCAAGGGUAGUAACCACAGGAAGUGGGGGUAAUUGUUGGUAUAACAAGGAUUAUUUGUCAAAUUGGGAGUAAUUCCCCUUCAAGAGCACACUAGCACAGUGUGUGGGGGUUAAUAAGAUGUAUUAGGACCAAGGGUUGGUAACAGAAGUGAUUACCUUAACCAUAGUGGUUAAUUACAGUAAAAACAGCUGCAAUUGCCCCAAUAGCAGUGGUAAUUGAUAUAUUAGGGAGAUCUGGGGGUAGUUACUGUAAGAACAAGGUUGAUAGAGGGUAUUUCAACAGUGUUGUGGGGUAGUUAUCCAGAGGGAAGGGGUGUUGAUGAUAGAGGAGGUUUGGGGCACCCCUCCUAAGUUCUUCACUCACGGGUGACUCGAGGGGCGGAGAGGAGCCUCGGACUGUGUCGCUGCCAGUCUCACUGAGAGGCGCAGGCUCAGCACCAUGGCAGUCGAACUGGAUGUGUUUGUGGGCAACACCACUCUGAUCGACAAGGAUGUCUAUCAGCUCUGGCUCGAUGGAUACUCAGUCAGCGAUGCGGUGGCAAUCCGGAUAGAAAGUGGGAUCCUGGAGCAGACCGGUGCAUCCUCGGACGUGCUGGAAAGUGACACCAUGGACCACUACCGCACCUUCCAGAUGCUGGAGCGGCUCCUGCACAGCCCCCCGAAACUGAUCAACCAGCUGCUCUUCCAGAUACCCCCGCAGAUGCAGUCCAUGCUGAUUGAGAAGUACUAUCGAUUUGAUGAGCCGUUUGUGCGGGAGGUCCUGGGGAAGAAGCUGUCAAAAGGGACCAAGAAGGACCUGGAUGAUGUCAGCGCCAAAACAGGCAUCACCUUGAAGAGCUGUCGGAGACAGUUCGAUAACUUCAAGCGGGUGUUCAAAGUAGUGGAGGAGAUGAAAGGGCCACUGGUGGAGAACAUCCAGCAGAACUUCCUACUUUCGGACCAGCUGGUCGGUGACUACGCCGCCGUGGUGUUCUUCGCCAACAGCCGUUUCGAGACUGGGAAGAAGAAGCUUCAGUACCUGACCUUCGAGGACUUCGCCUGCUGCGCUGAGCAGCUGAUACAGAACUGGACCCUGGGGGCAGUGGACUCCAACGUCGAUGACAUGGAUGUGGACCUGGACAGGGAAUUCCUGCAGGACCUCAAGGACCUGAAAGUACUCAUCACUGAUAAGGACCUGUUAGACCAACACAAAAGCUUGGUCUGCACUGCUGUGAGGGGCAAGGUCAGCGUCUUCAAUGAAAUGGAGGCAAACUUUAAGAAUCUCUCCCGGGCUCUCAUCAACAUCGCUGCCAAGCUCAUUCACACCAAGGACGUGCGAGACCUCUUCAUCGACCUCGUGGAGAAGUUCAUCGAGCCCUGCAAGUCGGACCGCUGGAACGCCAGCGACGUCAGCGUCUUCCUGACGCAGUACACCAACGCGGCCCGCGCCCUUGACGCCUUCAAACACCAGGCUUUGUGGGAGCGGUACAUGGGCACCAUCAAAAACUGCAUCCUGAAGAUGUACCACGACUGAGGGCUCGCGUCUGGUCCUGCUCGGAGCAGAACAAAACCUACUAGCCUCUGCUCAAUCCAGCGAGAAUCUGCAAGCUCGUGAGAUUUUUUCUUUAAAUUGCAAAUAUCGGGAAUGUUAGAAGGAGUUAAAGGGCAGAUCCGGCCCGGCUGUUUGCUAUUUAAAAUUGGACCGAUCAAACAACCUCUCCUGUGGUGGUUGUCCGGGGGACUGUGUCGUUAGCGCCCAACGCAGAAGGGGAAGAGGCAGCCCGCAUGUUCGAUGAAUAUGUGAAAUGGCCUGACUACCGUGGACCUGGGGGAAGGGUGGAUAAACCUGUAUCCACUCACAUGUCCGUGGUACUUUACUGGGUCUGCGCGUGAAAGGGGGGGUGUUUGCUCCCCUCUCUCUAUCUCCCUCCCUCUCUUCUCUGCCUACCUCUUGCCCAACCUCUCCUCUUCCCCCUCAACUGUUCAAGUCUCUGUUCCCUUCUUCCCUCCACCACCUCGCUCCCUGUUCACCAGACUCCUAUUCCUACCUCCCUUCCUGCCCCUCGAAUCCCCUCCACCCUACCAAAAUCCUCCUUUCCCCUAACCUCCAUAUCCCCCCUCACCUUUACCAGUCCCAUCACCCAUCCCCUGCCUUUGCAUUUUCACAUCACUCUACCCCUUCCUGCACUCCCCUCUGUUGUCCCUCUCUGCCUCAUCCCCCUCCCACUCCAUUACUCUCCCUUUCCCCUUUCCCUCCCCUGCUUUCCUUUCCUUCGCCCCUCUUUGCUCCCUCAAAUCCUCUUCCUUUGCCGUAACUCCACCUCUCCCACCUGUUUUACCCAUUUCCCCCUCAACUUCCCCUUUCGUCCACCAUCCACCUCACCCCAACCUCUCCUCAGAUCCCCUCUCUGUUCCCCCUCCACUACCCCAUCCCAUCCCUCUCCAAUCCCCCCACCCCAUCUACCUCCACUCUCCCCGCCCUGUCUCCCUCCACUCCCCCGCCCUGUCUCCCUCCACUCCCCCCGACCCGUCUCCCUCCACUCCCCCCGCCCCGUCUCCCUCCACUCCCCCGCCCCGUCUCCCUCCACUCCCCCGCCCCGUCUCCCUCCACUCCCCCCGCCCCGUCUCCCUCCACUCCCCCCGCCCCUCCUGCCAUGAGGUCUACAUCUCUGUCUACCCACCUGCCCCCAGGAGAGGGCUGUGUUUCAGAGUUAUCACCUUUUAUCUGUAAUGCAAAGUCGGGUUAGUUGCGUGUGUCCAGAGACGCGUGAUGGAAAAGAAUAAAUUUUGUGUUGUCUUAAAUUU